AUGUGGCUUGCAACUGCACUUUCACGCAACCUUUGCGAGCUCUUUCUUAUUAAUGAGUAUUCCAACGAGAAGCCAAAUAUAUUGCCUAGUAGAUUGUAUACCUGCAAAUCGCUCGUGAUCUUGAAACUCCGUGGCGAGAUUCGUCCGGAUGUUCCUCGUCUGAGCUGUCUUCCCUCUCUCAAAACUUUGGAACUUCUACUUGAUAAAUACUUUCAAGGAGGACCUCUUAGACGGUUUCUAUUUAUUUGUCCUGUUCUUGAAAACCUGUUGAUGAAUUGCGGUUGGGACGAUUACGAUAAGGGACUGAUCACUGUUACCGUCCCCUCUUUGCAGCGUUUAACAUUAUAUUUGCAUAGUCAAACUGAAGGAGGUAUGUUGCCACGUGGGUUAGUGAUAGAUUCUCCUUCUUUGAAGUAUUUGAAACUCCGGGAUCGUCAUCAAUGGAGUCGUCCCGGAUUUUCGAUUGAGACUAUGCCUGAUUUAGAGGAGGCAUAUGAUCAUGAUGAUAGGGACUAUGAGGAACUAAUAAGUACUGUUCGCACCGUUCGUGAAAGUGUUCUGUCUAAUUUACGAACUUUUAACUGGUCAAGAUACUUUGAAAGAAGACCACAGGAGAUGGAUCUUGCGGUUUACAUCCUAGGAGAAAAAUGGUCUCUUAAAGAUUGCAACAAUCUCGUCUGA